AUGUCCACUCCGUCAAAUUUCAAUGUGAACGACUGCAGAACGUGGACAAACUACCCGGAAAUUUUCAAACUUCGCCAGGAUAUCGAAAUGCUCCAGGAGAGAGCCGUCAGUUUUGCCUGUCAUCAACUUAAACCUCAUGUUUCCCAUUUUUAGGUCAACGCCGUGACCCGCCUUCCUGACCCGUCCAGCCCGUCCUACGAGGUCCUCAAGGAGAGAAACAGAAGACGUUACGAGAUUCACAAUCAGUGCGUCAAGUGGAUCGAAUCCGUUCUCCGCCCGGUAGGAACCACUAGCACCCAGGGACUUGAUUCAUUUUUGAGUUUAGGAAGAAAUCGACGAAAUUAAAGAGAAGAUCAGAGACUUCCAGAACUACUUGGACAGAAAUUAG